UUCUUAUUACACACUUAUGUGACGUAUGCUAUAUGUGAUCUGUCAUAAAUUACGGGAUAUAUAUCUGUUCUCUAACGAUUAUGAAAAUAGUUAAUUGCAAUGAGUGAAAAAAAUACUAAUUCGGCUUUGGUUAGACGAGUUAAUAAAUUACUCGAAUCAAGAGUAGAGCAUGACAAGGAUACAUUAGAAGCUUUGAAAGAAUUGUCAACAUUUUUUACGGAAAACACAUUAAAUGCUCGUCGUAAUUUAAGAAGUAAAAUAGAAAGAAGAAGUCUUGCCAUUAAUGAAGACUUUUUAUCAUCUUUUAGAGAAGUUAAAACUUGUUUAGAUAAUAUAUAUCAAGAUGUAUUAGCAAUGAAUACUUCAGUUCAAUGUAUGACCAAUCGCUUACAAAUUACAAAAACUAAAACUUCCCAGCUCAUUGAACAAACAACAAAACUUCAAAAUGAAAGUCAAGUAUUAUCGAUGCAACAAGAAGUUGCAAACGCAUUUAUCAAGAAUUUUCAAUUAUCUCAAUCGGAGAUAACAAGUUUGCAUGGAUCGCACAGAGAGUCUCCUAUAAGUGAAGAAUUUUUUACUAUUCUUAGUCGAGUACAGGAAAUACAUAGCAACUGCAGAAUAUUGAUGCAAUCUGGUUAUCAAACGCUGGCAUUAGAUAUAAUGCAAAGAAUGACGCUUCUUCAAGAAGCCGCUUUGGAGAGGUUAUACAGAUGGACGCAGAGUCAAUGUAAAUAUAUAGAAGACGAACAGUUAGCACCUUUACUUGUUAAAGCGAUGAGUAAAUUGCAAGAUAGACCUAUUUUAUUCAAAUAUAUUUUAGAUGAAUAUUGCGCUAAUAGAAGAACAGCUCUCAUAGGGUCUUUUAUCGACGCAUUAACGUUAGGUGAAUCCAUUGGUGGAACACCAAAUCCUAUAGAAAUGCACGCUCAUGAUCAUAAAAGAUAUGUUGGCGACAUGCUUGCUUGGUUGCAUCAAGCAAUUCCUAUUGAAAAGGAGAACAUAUUGAUUUUAGUUAAAGAUUGCGAUAAAACUGAUGUAUCUGAUCAAAUUAAGCAAUGUCUAAGUAACAUUACGGAAGGACUUUGUCAUCCUCUACAAUCAAGAAUAGAACACAUAGUCUCUGUCGAAGCUCCAGCUACUGUCUUAUAUUCUGUUACAACUCUAAUAAGAUUUUAUCGUGCUAUAAUUCAGCAAGUUAUACCAGAUAGCAUUCUAGAUUCAACUUUGUAUGAUUUGUUAAUAUUAAGCGAGAAAAGUUUUCUCAGUAGAUUACAAAGAGAAACUAGAAUAGCUCUUGGAGAACGAGCUGAACCACCAAGAAAUGACUUGGUACCGGCUCCAUCAGUUUCAAGAUUACUAUACCUCCUAAAUGAAAUUCUAUCCGUGGCUAGCAUAGCCGAAGAUAGAGAAAAAGAUAUGCUUCAAAUAGUAUCGUGUAUCAUCGAUCCAUUACUACAAGAAGUUAAUGAAACAGCUUCGAGGUUACCUACGGUUGAUAUGGCUGUGUAUCUUCUUAAUUGUAUGCAUCAAAUACAAUCAACAUUAGGAUUAUAUGAAUAUAUGGAUCAAAGAUUAGAACGAUUGCAGGCUCAGUCAGAUGCUCAAAUUGAUACGCUUACAUCGGAACAAGCUAGCUCUUUAGUUGCAAACUUAAAUCUCGGAUCAAUUUAUACUAUUUUACAAGGACGUGAACAGGGUCCUCUUUCUGAUAUUCCUGGAAUGGAUCCAUUAAGUGUUAAAGAAUUCACGAACAAAUUGGAAGCAUUUUUAGUAAUGCCGGAUGUAUUAUUAUUACCUCAAAUAAAUUUACUACAAAGCAACAAUCAUCGUGAGGUUACCAAGAAACGUUCAUUCGAAGUAAUUGGAGCUAUUUACAAACAGCUUUACGAAGCUUGUCAAGAUCCGAAAAAUUUAUAUAAAAAUCCGACUGGUUUAUUUACAAGAUCACCGGAUGAACUUUUACAAAUAUUAGUUUCCCAAUGAUUGUGACUUUGGAGAAUGAAUAUAUUUAAUAAAGAUGUAAAUAUAUAUAUAUAAUCAGCUUAUAUAUAUAGUUAUUAAAAUAAUUUAUAUUAUUCUAACAAUCGUAAAAAGCCAAAAAGGCGAGAGAAUGAUUAAAAAUUGGAUAACAACGUUUAAAAAAAGUCUAUUCUUGUGUCACAUCUUACUUUUUAACUCGAACUAUUCUUAUUCGUCGUACUUCUUAAUAUAACAUAACACAAAGCAUAUUUUCUUCUUCAAUCGCUUCUUAAGCAUACUAUGUACCUUAUGUGUAUGUUUAUUACAUUUGCAAAUUCCUUUCAUAACAUUUUCUUAAACCAUUUCCACAACUAACUGCACUUUCCUAUCGUAUCGUACUAGGCAGGGUUUCAUAAAAUGUGACUGCAAAUCUAAAUGUACCAAAAAUAGGCGUACUUGUCAUAAAAACCAAUCGCUAUGUAAUUUAAAGUGUCACCAAUCUUUAAAUUGCACUAUUACAUAAGCAUAAUUUUAUUUGUUUUGCCAAUUCAUUUCCUUAAUUGUAAUUUAAACCGUUUGAUUCUGUUUUUAUUAUAGUUUUUUAAUUGAUCGAUGAUUGAUUCUAUCUACUAAUUUGUUGACUGUUUGAUUGUAUAUUAAUUUGAUUUUUUAGAUAUCGAAAAAUUAAUAAAUAACAUUAUGUUAAUUUAAGCAUACAGAAACGAUUUUGUUGUUUCAGCAAAGAUUUUAUUUUCACUUUAACGAGUGCCUAGUAGGGAAUGUGCAGAUUAUCUAGAUAAUCUGCAGAAUAACUGAUUUCUGCAUUUUUUCGGUAAUAUACAUAUAUAAUUCAAGUAAUACAUUUUGUAUUUCGUUGUUAUUUAUUAUAUAUUGGAUUGGCAAGAAAGUAAUUGCUGAUUUUUUCCAUAAAAUAAAAGUGUUUUUUUUCUUACUUGGAAUAAACUUUAAUCUAUGAUGUA